AUGGCCACUACCGGCCUGUCAGUCCGGAGCAUUUCGCCCAAUAUCACAACCUUCACCACGCGUUUCAAUCGUUUCGCACCUUUGGGAUACCGCAAAUUUAUCGCUGUCGGCAACCGAGCCACCGCGAUUCACCUACAUGAUGGUCGUAUACUACUUCUCAAUCCUAUUCAACUGGAACCGUUGAUACGCGAAAAGUUAGACCAACUCGGCGGCGUGCACCUCAUUGCUAGUGACCUUGGACACCAUAUGUACAUUCAGGAGUACCUCAAAGUCUGGCCGUCAGCGAAGGCUAUCGGUGUACCGGGUCUCGAAGGCAAGCGCACGGACAUCCAAUGGGAUUGGAUUUACGGCGACAGCAUGAUGAAGCCGGAGAAAGAAUUUGGGUUUACACAAGACGUUGAGACAGUGUUGUUCGAGGGAUUCAUUACGUACUGCGUUGCAUGGUACCACAAGCCGACGAAGACGCUCAUACAAUCGGAUCUGAUGAUGAACCUACCGUGCACUGAGGUAGCUCACUGUCCUAUGGCCCGAUUCUGUACAAGCUGACAUAAGCUCGUAGCAAUACGUAACAUCAUCGUCAGAUCAAGGUGCUGGGUCGCGAGAGUUUGCCAAACGCGCGAAUCCUGGAUCAGUGUGGUUCAAGCGAUUGAUAUACUAUAUUGCAACCGUGAAUUAUGCCCAGAUGCGCCGGGACGCAAAACGUGUAGCAGAGUGGGAUGUUGAGAGUAUUAUCCCAUGUCAUGGGGAUGUGAUUGAUCGCGGUGGGAAUGCAGCAUGGGCAUCGACGUACGAAUGGUAUCUGCAAGGGAGAUCAAGGCCUAGUUUGAUCCGAUGGCUGAUGGAUAUCUCGAUGUUUAUGGGAGUCAUGAGAUGGGUGUUUCUUAUGUGA